AUGGAGGAAGCUCUAAAUGAAGCCGAGGAAGAAAUGGACACGGGAACGAACCCAACAAGAGGUGGUGUAGUCGAGAUUGACAUAUUUCAUUGUCAUCUGGGUUAUUGUAUAAGGAAGAUUGCCGGCUGCCGUGUGAAAGUGGAGAGAUCUCGUGACACCCGUAGAGGUCCUGGUGGAGGAGGGGGAGGAGGAGGAGGCGGCGGCGGCUGCGGCGGUGGUGGUGGUGGAAGAGGGGGAGAUAGGCGAAGUGACGAGUGCUUCUCCUGUGGUCGUCCAGGACACUUUGCAAGAGACUGUCGUGGAGGCGGUGGUGGCGGAGGGGGAGGAGGAGGAGGGUAA